AUGGAGAUGGAACAAGAGAUGGAGCAGAAGUUGUUUGAAGAGGAAGAUCAGUUUCCAGAGGCAAAGCAGUUUCCAGAGGCAGAGCCUCUUCAAGAGGCAGAGUUUGGGCAAGGGCCGAGGGCCUCUCUGAGUUUGAGCAGCCAAGAGAAGAACCUUAUUGUGCAGUUCCUUCAACAGCAAUGUCGUGCUGGAGCACUUCCACAUGGUUCAUUGAAAGAUGCAGCCAAAAAAUUCAAAGUGCAUCCAAGGACAGCCAGCCGCUUAUGGAUGAUAGCCAAUCAUCAAAUUGAACAAGGAAAACCUGUUGUCAUGAAAGGAAAAGCAUCAGGUUAUAGUAAGACAAAAGGUAAAGUAAAUCUUGAUGAAGACAAGUUUAGACACUUGUCUAUGCUUGAGAGAUCCUCAAUAAGAAAACUUGCUAUUAAGAUGGAAGUUAGCAAGUCCACAGCCGGCAGAUGGGCGAAGGAUAACAAGAUAAGACCACAUACAAAUGCCAUCAAGCCUGCACUCACUGAUGCAAACAAAAUUUCAAGAAUGAGAUGGAGUCUUACUCAUAUUCAGCCAACAAUAGCUGAAGGUAAGCUUCUCUAUCAUGAAAUGCACAACAUUGUUCAUAUCGAUGAGAAAUGGUUCUACAUGACAAAGGCUUCAGAUAGAUACUACCUGUUGUCGGAUAAGGAUGAGCCUUACAGGCCAAUGUUUGGCAGUGAUGGGCAGACCAUCUUUGAUGGUAAAAUAGGCAUAUUUCCAUUCACACAGCAAGUUCCAGCCAAAAAGAAGUCAAAGAAUAGGCCAAGAGGGACACUUGAGACAAAGCCUAUCCCAUCAGUUAACAAAGAAGCCAUGAGAGAAUGUCUCCUUAAUCAGUCAUCUAAGCAUUCAAUCACAAAUCAUGCACGGAUUAUUCCUACAAUCAAGGCUAAGUGGCCAGCCAAUGCAAGCAAGGAGAUAUACAUUCAACAAGAUAAUGCCAAACCUCACUUGAAAUCCUCUGACUUACAAUUUGAGGCCAUUGCAAGUACAGAUGGUUUUAAAUUCCAUCUAAUUAGCCAACCAACCAACUCCCCAGAUACUAUUGUGCUGGACCUUGGCUUUUUUAGGGCCAUACAGUCACUACAAGAUGACAAACUAGCCAUCAAUAUAGAUGAAUUGUUGGCAAAUGUUUGGAGUUCUUUUGAGGAACUCACACCACAAACUCUGAACAAGGUUUUCCUAAUAUUGCAUAGCUGUUUAAGCAAGAUCCUAGAAGUCCAUAGGGGCAACAACUACAAAAUACCCCACUUGAACAAAGAUAGGUUGAGUAGGACACUAGGGCAUCCUACCUCACUUGAGGUUGAAGACAAUCUGGUAAGGGAAAGCUUGGAGUAUCUACUACUCCCUGAGAAUGAUGUGGGUGGCUCAUAUCACAUAGGGCAUCUAAGCAAUGUGUUAGGGUUGUAG